AUGGAUAGAGUUGAAUUUGAUGGAAUGGUAUCUGAUAAUAGUAUAGCACUCACUCUUAAAUUUUCUACACCAGCUGAACGAUGUUCAUGUGCUGGAAAAUUAUGUAAAGAAGUAUUUAUGCUUGAUAAAGAAUUUAAAUCAUGGGAUGGUACAUCAGCUGAUAAUGCAACUGAAUAUCAUUUUAAUAUAUUAAGUAAUAUAGCUGAUGUAGUUGAACAAACAGACUUAGAUUUAAUUGUGCUUGAAAUAGCUACAUUAGCAAAAAAAUAUCCAACUUUAAAUACGAAUCAGGUUAUACAAAUUUUAUUAUUACGUGAAGAUUUAACAAAACAAGAAGCAACAGAUACAGCUGUAGCAUAUAUGCCACGUGUUAAUCAAGGUAUUCUAUUUGAAAUUAUGGAAAUUGUUAAUCAACCAAAUUAA